GUUCGAAAAGCGAGAUGGCAACAAUUCAGAGAAAUGUCAAACCAUUUGUUGUUGUAAACACAAAAUGUAAACAAAAUAAAUUAAAACUGCCUCUCCAGUUUGUCGCUUUUCAGUCUCGAUUCAAGUGCUCUUCCCGUUGGCUGAUAAUAUGGGUAGGAAGUGUUGUGUGCCAAACUGUUGUUCAAAUUACGAUACAGCCAUUAAACGUGGCCUUCCAUCGAUUAGUACCUUCAAGUUUCCCGUCGAUCCAUAUCUGCUGCUCAGUUGGAAGAAAGCGAUUAAUCGACCCAGCUGGAUUCCUUCUAAACGUUCCAGCAUUUGCAUUAACCAUUUUGCUCCUGAAGACAUUGAGCGGUACGAUAAGCCGGCUAAGUUGAAAGCAGGUGCGGUGCCUAGCUUGUUUCUAGAGCCGAUUAGAUCCAAAAAUAACAUUAGCAGAAAAUCUCAUAAAAGAGAAGCGCUUCAUGUGGACAAAAUCCUUCAAGCCGAUAUUCGUGACACAUGUAUCGACUUGGGUUCAGAUUUUGUACCUAACGUUGAAUUACCUAUAAACGAUAGUAUUGAAAAUUUCGAAUGUUUUAAAACAGAAGUGAGUGACAAAGUGCAGAACAAGGCAUGGGUGUUUGCUUGUAGGCCGAACGUGGUGCAUUUGUUUAGCAUAAACGAUGUCGACGAUCGUCAUGCAAUCAGAAUCGAUGCAAGUAUAAAAGUGUACAAUAAUUUAAGAAUGAAGAUUUUCUACGAUGAACAGGAACAGACCGUCGCACAACUAGGCACCGAAAAUAAACUCUUCACGUGGUCACAACUCAACGGCAUAAUUGCCUCCUGUACAACUUCUUCCAUUGAAGAUUUGAAUACCACGCUUAGUGAGGCGUGUUUAACAGAUGAACAUUACGAAACGGUGUUUCUUGAAGAACAUCUAGAAGAAACAGAAUAUGACCAUGAAGCACGAGCAGAAACGACGGUAGAAUUAACAAUAGAGAAACCAUCACCUGAAGUAAACACACACUUUAAUACAAUUGAUCAGCUAGAUACGGAACCGGGAGCUUCUUGUAGUCAAAAGCAUAAAAAUGGUAAAUCUAUACUGAAAGUUGUACAAGACUUACAGGCUGCGAAAAAUAAAUGCUUUGUUUGUAACACGGAACAUGAUACAGUAGAGGAACUGGAAUACCAUAUGCCGACCCAUCUGAACCUGUUGCCAUACCAUUGCACCAGCUGUACACAUGAAGAAGUAAUUGUUAGAACCCUAUCUUUGCUAAAUAAGCAUCAUUUAAUGCAUCAAAAGCCAAUAAACUGUCGCUUUUGCGAUAAAUGCUUCACAACGUACGGUUCGCGUAGAUUACACGAAGAUUUAAAGCACGAUAAGAACAAUGUUACAUUCAGGUGCGAUGUGUGCCAAAAAGAAUUGGCAUCAAAACGUAGUUUACAGUAUCAUCGCAAGCAUCACGAAAGCCCCGAUUCGCUCAGGUGUAAAGUUUGCCUACGGACUUUGUCCUCAGCGUACGAAGUGAAAUUGCACAUGCGAACACAUACGGGGGAGAAGCCUAACAAAUGUAUAUUUUGUGGCGUUUCGUUCAACAGAAAAUCGAAUCUUACUGAACAUGUCCGUCGCUGCCAUAGCCAGGAACGACCAUUCGUUUGUGAAGUAUGCGAUAAACGGUUUGGUAAUAAGUUAGCGCUUAAAAAGCAUUCCAUUUUACACAGCUCAGAACAGAGAAAAUCGGCCAAAUUAACUCGAUUACCAAAAGAUUUCCAUUGCAAAGAAUGUGACAAAAGGUUCGAAACAUCCAUCCAGUACCAUUCGCACAAACGGCAGCACGUAAAACGUUACCAGUGCAGCUACUGUGGCAUUCGGAUAGCACAGUUGCGUGACUUUGAGGAUCACGAAAACACGCACACCGGUUCCCGACCGUACGAGUGUCGCAGCUGCGGGAAAAAGUUUAAAACUGCUUCAACAUAUUACGGGCAUCGAUUAAUUCACAGCGGGGAGAAGAAACACUUUUGUACAAUAUGUAACAAGGGGUUUCUACGUUUGCGCCAUGUGCAGGUGCAUAUGCGAACGCAUACGGGUGAAAAACCGUUCCGGUGUGAAUUUUGCGGCCGAAAGUAUGCCGACAAACAGACCUAUAAUAGACAUAAGCUCACACAUCGCCCUACCGUUGGAGAUAUGCUGAGAGCUAAGGAGAAUAAUGCUACAGCUACCAACACGAUGCAGGCAAAGUUAGGCCAACCGGAAAGUAUGCAGAUAGAAGAAACAUUUGAGAGAACGAGCGGAGAAACCGUUUUUGAAUCAGGAUUCGUAUUUUCAACGAACAACUUUGCAUCUUCUACUGCCUCCGAUUUAGAUGUUAUUUCUAGCCGCAUCUCUUCAACCGUUUUAGACAGCCAAAGUUCGGUGGUGCUUGAUGUUGUUCCACAAGGUACAUACGUGACAGAAUUAUCACAAUUAUCGCCUUCCGAUCAAGAUGCUUCGAUAUUAAUCUCAGCAGAUAUACAAAACAUUAUCAUUGUUGAACAAUAAAAAUGAACAAACACACUGUAAGGUGUUAGAAAAUAUACAAUUUUUACAACGAAAA